AUGGCUCUCUAUAAGUCUUGUUUCGUAUCUUCAAUACUUCUGUCACUGCUCGUUAUUUGUUCAGCUCGCGCUGAUUUAGGCUAUAACCCGAAACGUGACCACAACACUCCAGAAGAUCAGCCAGCAAACAGUCCUAAAACUGAUGACAACAAACCAACAGAUCAAACAGAUCAUCAGGGUGUUCAUCCGAUACCUCAACUACCCCGCGGCACUCCAGAGUCCUAUCCAAAACCGAAAAUAGUGAUUCCUAAGCCAAUCUACAAGAUACCCAUGUACAACCAUCCAUACUCGAUGCACACGAGACCAUAUCAUACACCAAUGCCUAUAUAUAAGAAGCCAUUAAUCAAAAAACCGUUGUAUAGUCCAGCCCCUUUAUACAGUCCACCACCGGACGCCCAAAUUCCAAGCUCCCCUCCACCUUCGUCUCCACCACCGCCUCUAGCUCCACCACCACCGUCAGAUCAUGAGUCUACCAUCUCCACUACUCCGUCACAUCCACCUCUAACAAACAAGUCUCCCACCUAUGGCCCGCGUCCACCAUACAAUCUGCGAGACUAUACCCCAGCACCAGUUUAUGAAGCUCCAAUUAAAGGACUUAUUCUAGGAAACUAG